GCAUACGUAUAUCUCCUGUAAAUACCUCUCUAUUAGUGACUUCAUCUCCGUUACCUUCCGAUUCCCUCCGAAUUGUGGCCACCUGUCUCGUGAUUUACGAUGAUGUCUUGUUCCGAUCGCCUCCGAUCUUCCCUAAAACUACUUGAAGCAAACCUUAGGGAAGACCAUACCAAGUGUGAAUCGGCCCCUAAGUUCGCUUACAGUGACAUAUUUCUGAACAACGGCAGGAAGCCAAAUAUCUUAGAGGAAAUGGAACUACUGGACACUUUUGCUUCAUACAUGUCUACAAAAUCGGACGAAGAACUCAAGUGCCGUGUAUUUUUUGAGCUUUUUCCAGUCGAAAAAGAUCUAUCUCCAUACAAUAUGCGCUUUCUUACUCAGCUGACCUCUUUGGCAUUGUGUGCCAGAUUGUCAUCGAUUUUAGAGUUUUCAGGAAUUUGGUUGAAGAUCCGGCUUUGUCAGGUGCAUUCCGCUGGAUCCAGUUCGGGCUUACACUCCGUUUACCAGAUGCUCGUUCUCUUUGUGACUUCGAUUACUUCAGAUUUGCUCAGUAUUCCUGGAUUGCCUCUAGGUGCCUGUCACGGAGGCACUAUUACAAAGGCGGAAGAGACGGAUAUGCCUCCAGAUCACCCUUUUCUAAACCUCCACUGCAGCGCCCCGAUUUUCACCGAUGCCUACAUAUGCGGGGUGACGCUGGUGUACGGUUUCCCUCCGUCUCACGGGCUCGUUUUGUUUCAACGGGACAUCUUUAAACCAGUUGGCCCACCGCCGGUUGCUCUCUUAUACUGCUUAACCAGUUGGCUACACUCGGCCAGGACUAGCACAAAAUCUCACCACUCUUCUUCCGGUCAUCCUGCGCAGUGGACCAGCGUGGACUGGAUAUUUUUACUCCGCAGGUGCAGGAACAGUUUUUACAACUUUCAAUCCAUCGAGCAAAAUCUUUCUUUGCUCCCAGCCAUGCCCAUUUCCAUAGCGUUAUGGACUAUUUUUGGUCCACUGGAGCUCAUUGGCGCUCAAGCUGGUCAGAAUGAAACCUGUACAAGAGAGAACAAGCUUUUACUCUAUCAACUCGCCGAGCUGCAUUGUGAGUUGCUUCAGUGCUUACCUGAACCCACUGCAAUUGGGUCCCAUCGCCAUGGGGUCGCGGGCAGUUCUGUCGGUUCCGGGGGCAGUGUGUUUUCACAGCCGUUCUCAAGCUGGUCUGUGUUUUGUUAUCGAAAAACGGAACACACUAAGGAUCUUCUUUGUUUGGAGUCAUUCGUCAAGCACGCGUCGGAGCGUUGUGGACAACAACACAGGAAUCCAGAUCUGCUGCUUGCGAACCAACAGCUGAACCAUCAGUAUUUAACUCUUACCCGCUUGGCCGAGUUCAUUCAGCUUUCAUGGUCCGGUGGGCGUAUACGAAACCUCAGCUCAGAUGAUUUCUACAAGUUACUCUCACCAUUCGCUGGGCAUACACUGUUCGAUUUGAUCAGAUCACGCGUGAAACGAUAACCUGCUACUGCAUCGCGUGUUCUGGACAAAUAUCAACGGCAUAGCCACACUAUGAGAGAAACUACGUAUUCCUUUUUCUCUACUUCAUGGCAAUUGGUGCGCUAAACUAUUUGGAGUGGUGCAUUAUGCAAGUACUCUGCAAGUCUCGUGGAAGCACGGAAUUUCUACUCCCUAAUGAGUGGUUCACUUUUUGCCUGCACUGGACCUUCUGAGAUUUGCACACCUUCCGUCACAGCAACCGUCGCUCAUAUUUUGUCGAGUGUCACCAUCAAUCGUACGCUCGUGCCCAUCCUCAACCCUCCACACAUCUGUGGGUAUGGGAUGAGAACUCUCAGGACGCAACGCUGACCGGACAUGUCCCUCUUCUCUUAUCGAUGGAAAUGACUAAUUUGUCUCAUAUAUCAGUACUCACUAGGUUGAGUCUUGGUAUGACAUGCCAAUUCCCCUCGCUAUCACAAUAUCCCGCCUC